AUGUCUGACCGCGAGUUUGGCGGCAAUGACGACCUGUCGCUGCCCAAGGCAACCGUGCAGAAGAUUGUCCAAGACAUUCUAGCUGGCGAACCUGGCAUGACGUUUGCCAAAGAUUCCCGCGACCUCCUCAUCGAGUGCUGUGUCGAGUUCAUCACCCUCAUCUCCUCCGAAGCCAACGAGAUUGCCGAAAAGGACGCAAAGAAGACGAUCGCAUGUGAACACGUCAAGGCAGCCCUGGAGGAGCUCGACUUUGGCGACUACGUGCCUGCCAUCCUCGAAGUCGCCCAAGACUACAAGAAGCAACAACAGAAUCGCGAGAAGAAGCAGACCAAGAUCGAGCAGAGCGGCCUCAGCAACGAGGAGCUCGAGCGCAUGCAAGAAGAACUCUUCAAGUCAGCGACCAACAAGUUCAACGCGGCCCCGCCGACAGCAUGA